AUGAAUCACAAGUACGAUCCGGAUUCUGGUCUCGUCUUCCUCGAGGGACAGAUCUCGGCCAGACGUAUGAAUCGUAAUAUGGCUUCCAUGUCCCAGGACUGGCACCGUAGAUCUAUUGCGACCAACUCAUCUUCCAAGAAGCGCAAGAGAAGGCGCACGCCCUCCCCCGGCCCCAUUCCCAUCAGGUCGUCUUUAUUUGCCAUGUGCCGGUCCAAAUUGUGGGAAAAUGUCGGAAUCAUCGAGGAAGACGCCUUUGAACACGUGCCUACGCGUAUUCUUUGGGAUAUCUGGUUUCAUGGCCAGGCUACCCAAAAAUCCGUCCCCUUUCACGCUUGGAAGGUGUUCAUCAAGUAUCUAUCUCCCAAAGAAGCCCGCCCGGAAAGUGGCAAAGUCCCCAUUUCGCUCUGGCGGCAAGUCCAGCAUGUCAAGAGGCCCAUUGCCCCUCUGUCGACCUACCUUGUGCCCUUGUCGUCCCAAAGACUUGACUUUAUUGCGCAUCUCACCAUAGCCGAAGGCGUCUCUUGCCCAGCAAGCCAUCUCUUGGCUUUAUCAACGAUGCAGAACCUUGGCGUCCUCGAAAUUAUCCAGCCUCGAGAUCCGCAGCAGGCAGCUAUAUUUCCACGAGUCUCUGACAGCAUUUUGCGCGAAUGGUCCGCCGUGAGCAGUCAAAGCACCAAUACCGUGUCCUUUCCUUCUCUCCGAGUCCUCAGAAUAUGGGGCGAGGAUUUCGUUACACACAAGUCCCUCCAAUACGUCACCAGAUUCCCCGCCCUGGCCGUCUAUGAUGUGGCUGGCCGCCAAGUGGAUUGGCCGCCGCAAAGUUUGUCUCGUUCAGAAUGGCUUCGUUUCUCCGAAAACUCCCAGAAGAUCCAGGAUGAGAAGCUGCCCGCGGACAUUAUUCGAAUGUCCUCGGAUCCUGGCCUCGACAGGAUGCCCGGAGGCCAAGGGUACCGCCUCAAAGUUGCCGAAAGAAUUGCCAGGCUGGAUAUGACGGCCUCCAUGAGUGAAAACAGUCGCAAGUUGCUCAGGAGCGAUUCGCCGAGUCGCUUUAACGACAUGUGUCAGUCAGUAGCCAUCUACCGAAGUACCGUGUCGGACCCAGAGUUAAGCGUCACUUUCAUCCCAGCCCAAGGGGUAGCCAAAGAGGUUGGUCUGAUUAACAAAAAGAUGCCCAAUGACGACGAUGAUGAUCUCGGGGCCAUGGCCAAGCACCCACGAGAGGAGACAUCAGACUUGAUGGGCUUUGCGCUAUACUCACAACUUGGAAUGCUAUGGGCGGACCGGGAACUGCGUACCCGGAGAACAGACCGAGUUCGGGUGGAACAGCUUGCCACGGUUGCUGGCCAACUUGUUCUGUCUUCUCUGCCCUAUGCACAGAUUUGUCUUGGCCGCAAUGACUAUGUCAGAGGUUUUGACCCGGACCGCCGAGGAACGUAA